UACAGCAUUCGAUACAACAGCAAUAUUAUUUCCUUGGCAAAUUAAUAGAAUACUCAGUCCUUUCCUUGCUUAACUGACAGAGAAAAUGGUGAGCGUUGAUGAAGUUCGCAAGGCUCAACGUGCCCAAGGACCAGCCACCGUCAUGGCUAUCGGAACAGCAACUCCUCCCAACUGUGUUGAUCAAAGCACCUAUCCUGACUAUUACUUCCGUAUCACCAACAGUGAGCACAAGACUGAGCUUAAAGAGAAAUUCAAGCGCAUGUGUGAUAAAUCCAAGAUCAAGAAGCGAUACAUGUACUUGACUGAGGAGAUUUUGAAAGAAAACCCAGCUGUUUGUGAAUAUAUGGCACCUUCAUUGGAUGCUAGGCAAGAUAUGGUGGUGGUUGAGGUCCCAAAGCUGGGUAAAGAAGCAGCCGCCAAGGCUAUUAAGGAAUGGGGUCAGCCCAAAUCCAAAAUCACCCACUUGGUGUUUUGCACCACCAGUGGUGUUGACAUGCCCGGUGCUGACUACCAACUCACCAAGCUCUUGGGCCUUCGUCUAUCUGUUAAGCGUUAUAUGAUGUACCAACAAGGUUGCUUUGCUGGCGGCACGGUUCUACGCCUCGCAAAAGACUUGGCUGAGAACAACAAAGGUGCUCGUGUCCUUGUUGUGUGUUCAGAAAUUACCGCUGUUACUUUCCGUGGUCCGAGUGACACCCACCUUGAUAGUCUUGUGGGUCAAGCUUUGUUCGGCGAUGGUGCAGCUGCUGUCAUUGUCGGUUCUGACCCUAUUCCCGAAGUUGAGAAACCCAUGUUUGAAUUAGUCUCUACGACGCAAACAAUUUUGCCUAAUAGUAUUGGGGCUAUUGAUGGUCACCUUCGUGAAAUUGGGCUUACAUUUCACCUUUUGAAAGAUGUUCCUGGACUUAUUUCUAAGAACAUUGAGGCGAGCUUGGUCGAAGCAUUUCAACCUUUAGGAAUUUCUGAUUGGAACUCACUUUUUUGGAUUGCACAUCCUGGUGGCGCUGCAAUUUUAGAUCAAGUUGAAGCUAAAUUAGGUCUCAAGGAAGAGAAGUUGCAUGCCACAAGACAUAUUCUUUCCGAGUAUGGAAACAUGUCAAGUGCAUGUGUCUUGUUUAUUUUAGAUGAAAUGAGGAAGAAAUCAAAAGAAAAUGGAUUAAAGACCACUGGAGAAGGUCUUGAGUGGGGAGUGCUCUUCGGAUUUGGACCUGGACUUACUGUUGAGACAGUUGUCCUUCACAGUGUUGCUACAGCAUAAAGCUCGCUAUGUUAAGUUAUUUAUUUUAUUUUCCUUCAACUUUAUAAUUUUCCAUGUUAUUUUGAUAUAUAAUAUUUAUAAGAAGAUGUAUGGGAUAAGAUAAAGUAAUCAUGUGGUGAAAGUAAUAAUGAAAUUACUAUUUUAAUGAAUGAAUUAUCUUCAAUUAUGGCUAUUUUAUAAA